AUGCCCUACCAGGCUGAUAAUCCCGCCGUCGGACGUGCUCAAGACCGAGAUGUCUUUUGGGAGCGCGUACUGCCGUUCGUCCACCGUUCAUGGCCGGCACCUCUCUCGCGCCCCCUCCGUACGGCGCUCCGCCAGCCUGAUUUGGCGAGUGUCUGUCGCGUCUCAAAGACGCUCCAACGGAUUGCCACACCCCUCCUGUACCGCACCCUCGUCACCGACGACUUUCCUUCCCUGAUCGCCAACAUCGACCUCUCUCUCCGCACCUCCCCCCUUCGUCAGACCAGACACCUCUUCAUCGAAUACUCGAAUAAAAAGACGGCUCCCAGCUACGUCGAGUUAUGUCGCGACGGUCCCAUCCUCUGGCUCGGGUGUGGCAUGCUGACUCAGGAGCUGUCCAAGCUCCAGGUGGUCGACUGUCGCGUGGAAUUGGAGCGGAUGCUAGAGUGCGUGCUGCAUCUCCGCGAGGUCGGCAUCGCCAGAGUAUUUCCUCGACUCAAGACUCUGGCGAUUUCUUCCAUCUACGGAAAGGCGGAUGACUCGUAUGCCCGCUACAGGCCCAUGGCCCAUGCAACACAAACGGCUGGCGCUGAGGGUUGCGCCUUUCUGUUCCAAAUGGUCAUGGAUACCUCCCCCACUCUCUCACACAUCUGCACCCGGCAGGUCCUUUCUCCGCUCAGCCCGCCCACGGGGGUGUUCCCGGACGUCCCACCGGGCAGGUUUGCUAGGACCAUUCACUUCGGCGGGCUUUACGACGGCCAGCUCAAAGUGCGUGACGUUAUCAAUCUCCACGGUCCGGACAUGGUCCUCACUCCGUACCAGCUCAACAUCCCCCUGAAUGAUACGAUCGUCGUCCCCCUCGGCUUACCCGUCCGCUUAUAUAGCGACUUUGAGUCCUCAAACAACUUCCAAGAGCUCGAAUACUACGUUAAACAGACUAUUCUCGGCUCCGUCGUUCCUGAGGCGCCAAACCCCAUAUGGCACGCCACACAACCGCAACAGGACCUUUCCACCACCGUCCUGCACACCCUGGGCCUACCGAGCACCGAGGGCGGCUGCGACCAGCAAUACGUCCUGUCGGCGGAACAGCAGCGGCUGCUGGCGGAUAUCAAGGGCAAGGCCCUUCAGAAGAUGGAGAGGGACAAGGGCGGGGAACACCACUCUGUGCGCUGGUACACGUCCGGAGAUGCCCCGCCCUGCAUGGCGUGCGGCUCGGUCCCUCCAGUGUGA